AUGUCCCGAACAAUAUCUCGAGCCAAGUACCUGCGUCAGUUAUACCCUUAUAAACCACCCUCGACAUCUAUCGAUCAUCUGGUCAUUGGUGGAGGAGCGGUAGGGUUGACUGUAGCUGCAAGUCUGGUCAAUACUUCGGGGAGGGAUAAGAUCACGUUUCUGGUAGAGAGGAGAGGUCAACUAGGACAGGAAACUACGGCGAGAAACUCCGAGGUGAUACAUUCCGGUAUAUAUUAUCCAUUGGGUAGUUUAAAAUCAAGAUUGUGUAUAAGAGGACGAGACCUGUUGUAUGAUAGAUGCGAAUCUCUAGGAAUAGGAUAUAAGAAUACAGGAAAGAUCGUAGUAGCCACCUCUCCCUCUCAGAUACCAUACCUCGAAAAGCUACAGAAACACUCUCAGCACCCUUCCUUCCUCACGAGACCUGACGAUACCUCAUCUUCCAGUAUACGUACGAGAUUCCUCUCGGGGGAUGAAGCAAGAGACUUGGAACCUGAUUUAUCUGCCUCGGUCUGUGGUGGAUUACUUAUACCUUCAACUGGAAUAGUCGAUUCUCAGGGAUUGGUGGAUUCUUUGGAAAGGGAGAUUGAAGAUCCGGAUUAUAACUCUCUUUCCUCCUCUUCUUCAUCUUCUUCAUCAUCGCUCAAUGGGGAGGCCCGAGGAGAAGGUGUGGUCGUUCUAGGCACGAGAGUGGUGCGAAUAGAUAAGGAAGAAAAGGGAAAUGGUUGGGUAGUUCAGCUCGAAACGAAUUGGGAAGGUUUAGGGGAAGGUGAAAAAGGUGAUGUGGAAAGUGUCAGAACGGACGUUUUGGUCAAUGCUGCUGGUCUGGGAGCUGUCAGCUUGACGGAUGGGGUGGUAGGUGAUGGGAAGAUGAAGAUGUACGCUGUCAAAGGCAACUACAUGUCGUACAAGGGACCGGGAGUAGGUAAAGUAUCCAGACUGAUAUACCCUUGUCCAAGUGCGAACAUCGAUCAUCUCGGAACACAUCUGACAUUAGACCUUGAAGGGCAUAUCAAAUUCGGUCCAGAUGUUCAAGUGAUAGGAACAUGGGAAGAUUAUAUCUCCAAUCCGGAAUUCUGGGAAAAGCACUUAUCCCCCUCGGAUUCUCCCGAAUUGAAAUCACAGUUCGCCGAGAGCGUAUUGGAUUAUCUACCGAAUAUCAAUCCUGAUAAUUUGUCGCCCGACUAUUCGGGUAUCAGACCUAAUAUCUCACCUCCCAAUGCUGGCUUUUCAGAUUUCUUGAUCAGGCAUGAUGAGUCGAGGAAAGGGUUUGUGGAAUUGUUGGGAUUCAAUAGUCCUGGAUUGACCAGUAGUUUGGCUGUGGGUGAACAUGUCAGCGAGAUGAUCAACAGGGAUUUACAUGGCAGACAUAGUAAGAUUGGAGAGGGUAGGGAGAGGAGGUUGAAUGAGCUGGCAAAAGGAUGGGAAGCAUAG